AUGGUGGCCUUGUUCCGCCACCUCUUGCGUCAUAUAGAGAAAUUGAAGCCAAUCAAUCAAGAUGACAACUUGAUUAGUCCUGGUUUUUGCUUUGGUAAUGCUAAAAGAGUACCUUUCCGCUCGCACAGCAAUCGUUCACCUUGCAAACGCAAUGAUAUUCAAGAAGUACUUUCUACCAGCUAUGACAGAAAAGUUCGGAAUGUUCCACCUUCAGGGCCAAUUUCUUAUGCUCCGGCAAUUGAUUAUGCGGUGGACAUUGUGGAGCAAAAGGGUGGCCGAUUUCAAACACUUUUUCUUGUUGCUGAUAACAAGGUUACCAAAAACUUUUUCAACACAAGCGAUGGAGAGUUGAGUACAGAAGGGGCAAAAACCAUCGAAUCAAUUGUAAAUGCAAGUUCAUAUGCACUCUCGAUUGUUCUUGUUGGAACUGAUGAUGGAUGCUGGGAACACAUGAAGAAAUUUCAGGAAAUGAUCCCUAAAAGAAAAUUUGAUAAUUUUCAGUUCGUCAACUUUACUGAGAUUUUGCCUAAAGAUGGAACUCUCUCUGAUAAAGAAGCGGCUUUUGCUCAUGCUGCACUCGAGAAACUCCCAGCCCAGCAUAAAGCAGCUGUUGAACUUGGUCUUGUUGGGUGCGACCCAGCUACAAAAAGGAGAGGAAAAAUGGAGAAAAGUGGCUUUACACCCCCGAAAAUACACCCCCCCACUGUGGAUGCUCUAAGGGACGGCCAAAUAUGUGCACCGAAUUUUAUUCACCAAAUGACGUGACAGUAUUUUAUUCACUGAAUAAUUAACGACUUUUACAUAAUCACAUGAGUUGACUGACUCAAUCUAAUCUAUUCUAAUCUGUCUGUUU